GGUAUCCCAAAUAUCCAAAGGGUACAUUGAGAGCAUGUAAAAAACAAGCUAGCUAGUUUUCAGUGUGUGGCUCCGGAACGUUUGAAUGCUGCAACCUCAUCCCCCCAACCUCUCUAUAAAAAGGGCCCUUCAGCUCUCACAAAAUGCACCACCCCAAGAAGCCCUAGUGAGGCAACAAUAACCCUACCCCCUUUCCCACUUCCCCCAUGGCUUUCAGAGUGCUUGUGCUGAUGCUUCUCUCGAGCCUGCUGGCUCAUGUCAUUGGGUCAGGUAUGGCACAGUCCGUCGGUCCUGCCAUCACUCACGACCCUUGCUUAGAUCUUACCGAAUACCAGUACGAGCCAUCACCGGAGCUGCCUUUGGGUCGUCGGAGUUUCCCUAAAGGCUUCGUGUUUGCCUCAGCCACAGCUGCUUACCAGGUAGUACUAUAUAUUGUUCUUUCCUAUUCUUAACUAACGUACCUAUCUACAUUUCUACACGAGGACCAUUCACCUUACUGAGACACUGAACACACUAACCACUGAAGAUAAUAACCGGUUACAAGGACACAUGACUUCUAUAUAACCUAUAAACCUAGAUCUGCACCAUUGGACUAUUUGUAUGUAUGGACAAGGACUAUAUAUGGACAUAUUUCAUUCCAUCAUCAGACAGAUUUGAUUACCGCGAAGAAGCUGAGAAACCUGAUGACAUACGAUAACAUAAUUUAAUAAUCAUGAUCUCGCGGUUCAAUAAUAUUGUUAUUAUUAUAUCUUUUCUGGCUAAUCAUUUCAUUUAUUAACUCCUUUUGUUUCCUGUUUUGUUGUUGUUUCCUUUAUUGACUCCUUUUGUUCAUUAUUGUUGUUGUUGUGUUGCGUUGCUGCUGUGGGACGAAGAUCGAGGGUGCUGCUAAUCAGUAUUGCAGAGGCCCAAGUAUUUGGGACAGAUUUGCUCAUGAGUUUCCAGGAGGAUAUCAUAAGGAUGAAGUUCAUGAAUCUGGAUGCUUACCGAUUCUCCAUCUCCUGGACUAGAAUCAUACCAUACGGAAAGAUCCAGGCCGGAGUCAAUGAGCAAGGAAUCAAGUUUUACCACGACCUACUCGAUUUGCUCGAGAAACAUGGACUGGAGCCUUACGUGACCAUAUGGCAUUGGGACACCCCUCAAGCCCUGGAAGCUGAGUAUGGUGGAUUCUUAAGCCGUAACAUUGUGAAGGAUUUCGAGGAUUACUGCGACUUGUUGUUCAAGGAGUAUGGCCACAGAAUAAAGAAGUGGAUCACUUUGAACGAGCCAAUGGUUCAUGUUAUGCGAGGCUACGACGAAGGGCUGCACGCACCGGGACGCUGCUCCGUGUGGGCAAACCGUGCCUGUGUAGCCGGAGACUCCGCAACUGAACCUUACAUCGUCACCCACAACCUCCUCCUUGCUCAUGCCGCUGCUUACCGUUUGUACGAGAAAAAGUACAAGGCGGAGCAACAAGGGGCAAUAGGGAUCACCGUAGUCACGUUCUGGUUCAUUCCUUAUAACCCCGAUGACACCGCAGACGUUGAUUCCGUCAAGAGAUCUCUGGACUUCAACUAUGGUUGGUACUUGGAUCCUCUUACCUAUGGUCGCUACCCAAGAAACAUGGUGGAUCUGGUCGGAUCUCGUCUGCCGACCUUCACCGAAGAAGAGUCGCACAUGCUCAAGAACACGUACGAUUUCAUAGGUCUCAACUACUACACCACCUAUUAUUCCAAGAACAACACCGAAUUCGACCCUGUGCAUCUUCGAUACACUCUCGACUCCCGCGCCAUUAACACUCCUGAAAAGGACGGAGCCUAUAUUGGUGAACCGAUGGGUUCCUUCUGGCAGUUUUUAUACCCUGACGGGCUCCGACUGCUUUUGGAGUACACCAAAGAAACAUAUGGGGAUCACGAUAUCUACAUCACCGAGAACGGAAUGGGGACACAGGAGGACCCUAAACUGACACUCGCAGAGGCGAGAGCCGACACGAUGAGGGUGAACUUCUACAACGCCCACCUCGCAAGCAUUCGCCAGGCGAUGAUCGAGAAGGAGGUGAAGGUGAGAGGGUUCUUCGCCUGGUCGUACGCCGACAACUACGAGUGGAACGACGGGUACUCGGUCCGAUUCGGGCUCAACUACGUCAACUACACGGAUCUCUCCAGGCACCCUAAGCACUCUGCCUGCUGGUACACCAAUUUCUGCCGCCGAGACCCGCCCAGGGAGGAUAACAACCUGAAGAUGAUCACCGCCGGCCCUGCUUCCGCCGCAGGCGGUCGCAAGUCACUACUCCGCCGCCCAGCAGCUUACGCUAAUUAAUUAGUGCCCUGCCGCGUGUGCUUAAGGAUGUUACUGUGUAAUAUUCGUCUCGACGACGACGGAGUAGUAUUAAGUAUGGAAGAAUAAGAAGGGAUCUGACGGUCACUACACUGAGCACGAUCGUGGUGAAUACAUGCAGCCGUAUAAGACAUGCAUCAUGAUGAUGAUCAGGUGGCCUUGUGAUCCAAUUUGUCAUUUUCCUUUUCUUUCUGUGUAUGAACUGUUGUUGUUCAGUGAAUGGCGACGGAUGUUAUGUUGUACCGUGUACUGUUGUUGUUAACAAAUGAAUAAAAACUAUUAUUAAACAAAUGAUGAUUCGUGAAAUCCGUGAUUAGUACUCA